AUGCCUUAUGGAGUAAAAGUCCUAUUUGAUGACCCACGAGUAGGGAAACUUUUUAAAGACUCAACAACACAAGCAAUUUUAAUAAAACCAGUUACUGUUGACUUUUUUGGCAAAGAAGGAAUUCAGAUUCAGAGAACUCAAAUACCACUUAUGCCAUCAUGGGCAGUAACAAUUCACAAAAGCCAAGGAAUGACUGUUUCUAAUGUUGUAAUCAAUUUGGGACCCAAAUGCAAUAAACCUGGACAGGCAUAUGUAGCAUUAAGUCGUGUACAAUCUUUACGUGGUCUUGCACUAACAGAAUUCACUGAAAAGUCUAUAAAAGUUUCAAGAAAGGUUACUCAGGAAAUGCAACGACUAUUAAACCUAACAAGAGACACACAACUGCCAGAUAAUUAAUUAGCCUUUCUCACAAAGGUCUAAAUUACAGUAUAUAUCUGCCAUUUUUAGGAUCACUAUUUUAUAAACAACGUGAAAAAUCUAAGGGAUGUGAAAAUAAUUUUUCAAAUAUUUAACUGUAAAUCGAUUUAUAAUCAUUAUGUAUACAGUACUAUAGUUAUAGAAAGUUUCAUUUUCACAGCUUACUAUUGUGACUACCUUUUUACAAAAAGGUUGCCACCCAAAAAUGUCCGUGUGAGAAAGGCUAAAAAGUUAACAUUUUCUUAUUUUCUUUUAAGAUGUCAUUUCAAACUGUCUCUGACCUGAAAAACCUUCCAUCAUCUGAUGAAAAAGCAAUUAUAACAAAACCGAUUAAAGUUAAAGUUAUUGUGGAUCCAGUGUACCAUCAUGAUGAUAAUCCAACCACACCAAAUGUCAUUGUCAUGAGUAUUGUUGCUGAUGAUUCAGGCACAAUCAAAUGUCACAUUUCAAACGAAAAAGACAUUGUCAAAAAAUUCUUUCAGAAAAACGCAUCAAUUGUUAUUUCGAAGUGCACCAUAACCACUUGUGAUGAAGAGCCUCAAUUGAACAUCAACAUGCAAUCAAGCAUCUUCCUUAUUCCAACAUUCAACUUGAAACAAAACUUACCACUACCACUCCUACCAUCCUUCCCAACCAUCAAAUUGACCCCAAUAGCAGAGGCAUUGAAACUUCCUAGAAAACGACAAAUAUCCAUUGAGGGAAAAAUUACAAAGGUAUGUAUGAGUGAUUGCAUUUGCCAAAAAAAGCUAUUAGUAUUCACUUUCUAUAUAGCUCCUAAGAAGAAUAAAUUGCUGCAUAUAUUUACUCUAUUCCCUAAAGUAGAAAAGUUUGCUAGUAAUACAGUAUUUUAUAUGUCUCUAAUUUAAAAACUGUUUCUUAGAUGGUGAGUACAUACAGUACUAUAUGAUCCAACCCUGUCUGUGAAACCCUUACUUGCUAUAAAAGUGUAAUUAUAAUAGUCUGUAACAACUAUAUAGUGUGUUUUAAUUCUACCUCUACUAUGUACUGUAGAUUGAACCACCAAUAAAGGUAAAAAAUAACUCGAUAGACCUCAAGAAAGUGUUCUUGAAAGACACAACUGGGAUGAUGCAAGUAUCUCUCUGGAAAGACAAGGCAUCCCUACCACUUUCCCAAGGAGACGUUAUCUCAUUUACUGGACUACAGACAUCAAUGUUCCAGAAUAGACCAAUGGCAUCUUCAACAACUCACACUCAAGUGAAGGUAAAUGAAAAAUUAUAAUAGCUGAAAAAACAGAUCCGAAUUCUUCAGUAGCAUGAGAAAUAUUUCACUGUUAUCUAGAACAAUACACCCUUUUGAUAAUUACAUCAUUUGACCUGGUAGCCUAGCUCUCAUGAAUCAUGAGCCAAUCACCUUGCAUAAUUUACUGAUGAGAGCGAGGCUCAAAGACCAAAAAAUAUGUGCGACAUAAUUAUCGAAAGGGUGUAUUAAUCUCAUCUUUUUUUGUGUGAUUUACAAAAUCCAAAUAUAUUCUAUAAAAAUUAAAUAAGUCACAUAAAUUGAAAGUCUGACAUAGCUUAUUGCAUAAAAUUAAAUAUGCAAAAGCUUCUUUUUCCAUCUUAUGAGCAAUAUACAUAUAACGUCUGUAAUCCACAUUACUGUUAUGCUCUAUUUGCCAUAUUACACAUACCUUUUCUGUACUUGCUUGAAUAGGUGUCUGAAAACCAGGACUUGAUCCUCAUUGACACUGAUGAUGAAUAUGAUCAACUCUACAAAGAUGGAACCAUCAUUGGCAUUCAAAAUGUUAUUUGCUACAACAGCUGCAGUAACAAACAAUGCAGGAACAAAAAGCUCGAUUCCACCAACCAGUGCCCGCGUUGUUCGAAAAUUUAUCCUGAUGACAAAUUGCAAAAAGCAUACGUGAGUAAUCUCUGCCUUCAGACUGAAGAAGACUUAAAGUCUGUCACAGUGUUCCAAAAAGUAUUCAUCCAACUUUUCACCAUUGAUGAAAAUGAAAACCGCCAAGCUGAAGACUUGACAGCUGCGCUGCUACAAAAACUACCAAUCUCCCUAAAAUACAAGGAGAACGAUGAUAUUAUUCAAGAGAUCAUUCUUCUCUAA